GUGGCUUCGAGCUACAAUCAACACUUUCACUUUGAUAUCCCCUAGAUUUUUGCCCGGCCUCUGCUCCGAUCUAAAAUCGAACUUUCUAUCUUAUACACUUAUUCUUGAUCAACUUUGUCUUUUGUCUUUGCGCAUUGGAAAAAUAAAAUGUUUGCACGCCCACGGCCAAAGAAGGGCUUACUCGUACCGCCGCCGAAGAAACGCAAGGCUCAGCAUUUGAUCGAAGAGAUCAAAUUUGAUAACGAUGCUCGUUCCGAUUAUCUGACCGGCUUCCAUAAGCGCAAAUUGCAAAGGAUAAAGAAUGCGCAGGAACAGGCUGCUCAGAGGGCCAGGCAGGAAAAGAUCGAGAUUAGAAAGAAGAUACGGGAAGAUCGAAAGAGAGAAGUCGAAGAGCAUGUCCAAAACGUCAAUGCUAUCCUAAAGCAAGCACAAGAGGCAGGUUACGUGGGAGGGGAAGAAGCCUCAAACGAUGAAGCAGACGAAUGGGGAGGGUUUAAGGAUACACCUGCACUAGAACCCGUUGAUCACGAGGAAGAAUACAUUGACGAAGAGCGGUAUACUACGGUCACAAUAGAGUCGGUCAGUGUGUCUAAGGAUGGAUUGUCGAGCACUAAACCAGAGGACUCGGGCGAGGAGGAUCAAGAGACAGCAAAGCAAGACUCGGAACAUGCUCCUCCAGGAAGCAAGGAGAAAGCCAGGCCGCCCAAGAAGAAGAAACCGAAGUUCAGAUACGAGUCCAAGGCGGAUAGGCAACUGAACCAGAGGAAACAGAAAGCAGCCAAGAUUAGAAAGAAACCAAGUGGUUGAUUAGCGCAUUCCCUAUCCGUCUCGCGGGCUUUGCUGCAGCAAAUACCAACAUAAAACGUCCACCAAAUAAACAUGCCCUAAACUUGACUUCUCUUCAACUGCCACCGCGACAU